CGGGCGAGGCGGGGGCGGAGCGUCGCGGGAGGUGGGGGCGGGGUAUGGCGCGCUGUGCGGCGCUGGGCGGCUGGCACAAACGACGGCGGCGAGGCCGGAGGAAAAAGCUCGCCACCCUGACGGGUCCUUUCCCAAGCCCCUAGGGGCAGCAGAGGACUUGGGGACCAGCGAGCACCCCCAGGGCACGAGAAGAGCCUCUGCUGCCUGCCCUGCCUCACCCUGCCCUACGCCAGGCUCAGCCACCCCGGCCCCGGGCAGCAUCAAGUGGAGGAGGCAGAGGCGGAGGAGGGUGGCACCAUGGGCCCGGGCCGUGCCCUCCAUGCCCGGGGGAUGAAGACGCUGCUGCCAUGGACAGCCCGUGCCAGUCGCAGCCCCUGAGUCAGGCUCUCCCUCAGUUGCCGGGUUCCGUGUCAGAGCCCUUGGAGCCUGGUCGGGCCAGGAUGGGGGUGGAGAGUUACCUGCCCUGUCCCCUGCUACCUUCCUACCACCGUCCAGGAGCACCUGGUGAGGCCUCGGCGGGGAGUGGGACCCCCAGGGCCACAGCCACCUCCACGACAGCUAGCCCUCUGCGGGAGGGCUUCGGCGGGCAGGAUGGUGGUGAACUGCGCCCGCUGCAGAGUGAGGGUGCAGCAGCACUGGUCACCAAGGGGUGCCAGCGACUGGCGGCCCAGGGGGCCCGGCCCGAGGCCCCCAAACGGAAGUGGGCAGAGGAUGGUGGGGAUGCCCCAGCACCCAGCAAGCGGUCCUGGGCCAGGCAGGAGAACCAGGAGGCAGAGGCUGAAGGGGAGGGCAGCAUGGGCUGCGGCAGUGGCAACGGCGAGGCCAGCGCAGGGCUGAGGGAGGAGGUGCUUCCCACUGCACCCGAGCGCCUGGCCCUGGACUAUAUCGUGCCCUGCAUGCGGUACUACGGCAUCUGUGUCAAGGACAGCUUCCUGGGGGCAGCACUGGGUGGUUGUGUGCUGGCUGAGGUGGAGGCCCUGAAGCGGAGUGGGCGCCUGCGCGACGGGCAGCUGGUGAGCCAGCGGGCUAUCCCGCCACGCAGCAUUCGUGGGGACCAGAUUGCCUGGGUGGAAGGUCAUGAGCCUGGCUGCCGAAGCAUCGGGGUCCUCAUGGCCCACGUGGACGCUGUGAUCCGCCAUUGCGCUGGGCGCCUGGGUGGCUACGUCAUCAACGGGCGCACCAAGCAUCUGGACAGAAAGGUGUCCAAGUACCUGUGUCACAGCCAACCACGCCCACCUAGUGGCCAGCCCCAGAGCUGCAUGGACAGACAGCUUGCCCUGACUUCGGGAGAGCCUUCGGCCCCGUGCUGCCGGCCCAGCAGCCCACCACCCUUGGUGCCUGCGCCCUUUACGCCAGCGCUGCUGCUUCCAGCUUUGCCUCUGUCCUGCCUGGUGUGGAGGGCUCCCUCUGAUGCUGAGGACCAAGGAGGAGGAGAGACAUCUGCUGCCCUGGGACGGGGGCUGGGCUUGUGACCUGGGCUUGUGACCUGGGCUGGAGCCGGUAUUGGGAGCGGCCAUCGCUGGAGCUGGGGCCCUGUGGCUCACCCUGUCUGGCUGUGCUCCUCUCGGAUGUGGAGAGUUGGUAGGAGGCAUUGCCACCUCCCACCAGGAUCCCACCAGGAUGCAGGAUCGAGGGUUGGGGAUGUCACGGCCUCUUACUGGCAAAGGUUUGUUGGGGGGACAAUAUCCCCAAGCCCCCCACUCCCCCAGCCUGGAAUGUGAAGUGACUCCCCAGCCCCUAUGGCCAUGGCACCUUGUGGACUAGGCCGCCACUGCGUGGGCAGGAGAAAUGGUGCAGGGGGGAGCAUGGGCGUGAAGAGUCCUGUCAGCCAAGAAAGAAAUAAAAGUUUACCUCAGAGCUGCAAAA